AUGGACUACGACGCGAUGGACAUGGACACCGAGGCCUUGGGACCUGCGGUCAAGAUCUCUGAAGCCGAUUCCACACACGUCAACUUCGAGCUGUCCAAUGUCGACCUGUCCUUCGCCAACUCGUUGCGUCGCAUCAUCCAGGCCGAAGUCCCCACCGUCGCAAUCGACCUGGUCGAGUUCAUGGCCAACACGUCGGUCCUGGCCGAUGAGUUCAUCGCCCACCGCCUGGGCCUGAUCCCCCUCGACUCCCGCAACAUCAAAGACAUGCCCAUGGCCCGCGACUGCGACUGCGGUGGCCACUGCGACAAGUGUACCGUCAUCCUGACUCUCCACGCUAAGUGCUUGGGCGACGAGAUCAUGAAUGUGCACGCCAGCGACUUCAGCGUGAGCUCGGCCAGACCCAACCAGACCGUCGGAAACCCCAUCAUCACCGACCCCGAGGGUCUCGGCCCCUUGAUCUGCAAGCUGCGCAAAGGCCAGGAGCUUCACAUUGAAUGCAUGGCCAAGAAGGGAAUCGCCAAGGAGCACGCCAAGUGGAUGCCUACGUCCGCCGUCGGUUUCGAGUACGACCCUCACAACAAGCUGCAUCACCUGGAUCUCUGGUACGAGACCGAUGCCGAGGCCGAAUGGCCCAAGAGCAAGUAUGCAGACUGGGAGGACCCUCCUCAGGAGGGAGAGCCGUUUGACUACGACGCUGUCCCCAACCGAUUCUACUUCGAGGUGGAGAGCGCUGGCAACAUCGACCCCGACGCCAUCAUCCAGCUUGGCAUCUCCGAAUUACAGCAGAAGCUCGCCAAGCUCAUAACAGGACUAGGCGAGAAGUCCAACAUCGAUGAUCAGUACGACGGCCCCCAGAGCCCCGGUGCCAUGGACGACGGCGCCAUGUAUCAAAACGACGGCUAUCAGACGGCGUACGGUAACGGCGGUGCGCAAAGCGCAUGGGGUGGAGGUGCUACUGCCUACGGCACAACUCCUUAUGGAAACUCUGGCCAGGGCGGCUGGAGCUAA